AUGAAUUAUCUCAAAUGCGAAGAAUACAAGCGCUGCAUGAACUCAGACGACCCUAGAAGAGCAUGCGAAGAAGCUCGUCAAACUGGAAGAUGCGUUUUGCGGCACAACACUAGUGUCUUCUCACACCCUUGCGUUGACUGCCUAUUCCCAGAUUUCGACUGGGUCGCCAAUGGAGCCAAUGGAGCUAGGGGUAGAUAUGGGGAAAGAUUAAGAUUGUUCAAGUACCCAGAAAUUCGGAUCAAUGCUGUAUUCCCAAGCCCACAUCAAGGAAAACAGACCCAAGAGGACAUUGAAGCUAUUCUUUGGGUGGAGAGAAAUCGGCUGGAAGGGGAUCCAAUGCUGCGUACGAAGGAAUUGAUGGGAUGGCAAAGAGUCAUGGGACUUGGAGAACCGUACUCAGGGGAUGUGGAUGACAUCAAGGAAAGAUUCUUGAAUGCCCGAGAUUUGAAGUUACUAGACAAGGUCAUACAAUAUUUCGCAUACCGAAUCCGAAAGGCGAAUUUGGAGAAUGUCUUCACAGACCCCUCGUCCACAUACAGAAGAGCGUUAUUCUACAUAUACGUCAAUUUAUCAUUCAGAUAUACAACCGCUUUCCUGUAUCGAGCCAUAGCGGAGACAAUGGACAAGAGAGGAUACCUCGUCAUGUUGUUAAAUGAGGACGACCCUCCGGCUAAUGAGCGCACUUGCGUAAUAUGCGAAAUUGACUACGGAGAUGAACAGGUGGUUCAGGGGACUUUCGAACUACCUGCUGUAUUACCAUGUGGUCAUGUCUUCGGGUACUUCUGUCUGACCACCUGGAUCCGGGACGCAAAAGGAAGAUCGUGUCCGACGUGUCGGUAUGCGUUUAGCGAGCGAGAGUACUUCCUACCAGGAGAGGAGGAGUUCCAUUUCUACCAAAGUGACCAUGAUCGUGCAGAUCCAUCUUGGUGGACCCGUUUUCGACGAGGUAUUGUCCUCACGCCUCCUUCGCCUGAAGAAGUAAGAGGUUGGACAGACUACCCAACAGUUCUUGAAUAA